AAACAGCGUAGUUAAUUAUACUCCACCCCUUUAAAGUUCUAUUUACUCACAACAUUUUAUCUUCAUUAGUUUUCUUAAAAAGAUCUCAAAACACACUACCAUAUCUCCGUUACUUUCAUAGACACUUAUCUAACGUAAUCAUGCCAACGUCCGCAACAUUGGUGGCUCCAUCAACUGGAUCUGUUCAAAAGAAGGAUCAAGAGUGGCGUGCGAUUUUGUCUCCUGAACAGUUUAGAGUUCUCAGGGAAAAAGGCACAGAAGCCAGAGGUAAAGGAGAGUAUACCAAACUGUUCGACGACGGGACUUAUAGUUGUGCUGGCUGUGCAACUCCUCUUUACAAGUCCACCACUAAGUUCGACUCUGGUUGUGGCUGGCCUUCCUUCUUUGAUGCUAUCCCUGGUGCCAUCAAACAAACGCCGGAGGCAGGAGGGAGACGAAUGGAGCUAACGUGUGCGACAUGUGAUGGACAUUUAGGUCAUGUUGUCAAAGGAGAAGGUUUUCCCACAGCCACCGAUGAGCGUCGCUUAUAA